AUGGUUCCUCUGCAGUGGCAAAUCAUGCAGAAGAGGGCUCCCGGAUGUUAUGUCGCGAAGGAUAGUAAACUGAAGAGUAUUGCCAUGGCACAACUUACUGGAUCUUCAUUUCCUCAGGGCAGACAAUCAGGCGCAAAAAGAACCAAAAGCCAAAAAAGAAAGGACAGAGCAAAGAGAAUGAAACUGAUGCAUCAGAGUGUUGCUGAAAAUGUGCAUGAACCUGUCGUUGGGAUGGAUGGACCGUUCGAGACUUCAGCGAACACAAUGAGUUCACCUGCAUGUAGUGAGCCCGUCCAAUCACCGUGUUCAUCCCCCGAACACUUGUUAAUCGACGAACCUCCUGAUGAAAGCGAGAGCUAA